CUCAAUCAACUUUUAAUUUAUCCAUCUUUCUCUCAAUUUUCUCAUCACAAAGAUGGCAAAAAACAAACUUAUUUCCCCUCUCAUCUUCACCACCAUCAUCACCGCCGCCAUUGUCACAUGUGUGUUGGCCGCCGGCACGACGUACAACAUAUUGAGCUACGGAGCGGUCGCCGACGGCAAAACCGACGCGAACAAGGCGUUCCAGGCGGCGUGGAACGCCGCAUGUGCUUCGGGCGCGCCGUCGGUCAUCGUGGUCCCCAACGGGAGAUUUUUGGUCAGUAGUGUGACUUUUGAAGGGUCAAGUUGCAAGUCAAAGUCCAUAACAUUUCAAAUGAGUGGCACACUUGUGGCCCCACAAAACUACAAACUUGACAAGUGGAUCUCAUUCCAUAUGGCCAAUGGGUUGUCCAUAAUUGGUGGAACCCUAGACGCCCAAGGAGCCCCUCUUUGGGCAUGCAAAAAGUCCGGCAAGGGUUGCGGUGACGGCGCGACGGCAUUGUCGAUUUACCACUCGAACAACGUUGUCGUGAGCGGGGUGAGCUUCGUAAACAGCCAGAAGUUCAACUUCCUCGUCUACCAAUGCGACAACGCCAAGAUACAAGGAGUGAAAAUCACGGCGCCGGGAGACAGCCCCAACACGGACGGGAUCCACGUGGAGAUGUCGUCGCGAGUGACGAUCACGAACGCGGUUAUCGGCACGGGGGACGACUGCAUCUCCAUCGGGCACGGGAACUCGGACUUGACGAUCGAGGGAACCAAGUGCGGGCCCGGGCACGGGAUCAGCAUCGGGAGUCUGGGGUGGACGGCGCAGGAAGCGGGAGUCCAGAACGUGGUCGUGAGGAGCUCGACUUUCGUGAAAACGCAGAACGGGUUCAGGAUCAAGACAUGGGCGAGGCCGAGCAGCGCCUUUGUGAGCAAUGUCGUGUUCAGCGGAGCAGUGAUGGAUGGGGUUCAAAACCCCAUCCUCAUCGACCAGGAUUACUGCCCUCAUGGCACAAACUGUCCCAACCAGAGCUCGGGGGUGAAGAUAAGCAACGUGAAAUUCCAAGGGAUACGGGGGACGUCGUCGUCGGCGGUGGCGGUGAAACUGGACUGCAGCAGGACCAAACCAUGCACGGGGAUAAAUUUGGACAAUGUGAACCUUAUGUACAACGGGCGCGAGGCUCAGUCUUCGUGCGUUAACGCCAAGGGCUUGGAGUCUGGUUUGGUUAAGCCUGCUGGCUGCGCUCUUGCCUAAUUAAUUUAUACGGAGUAUUUUAUUUCAUUCCACUUGCAUGCAUGCACAACUACGCGAAUCUAUAUUUAUUACUGUAUCAUGAACUUAUUUAAUUACUUCCAACCGCGCCCCUUUAAUUAAUCACCUAGGAAUUAUUAAAAUAAGAAGUCAUAUAUAUGUAACAAUUCCCAAUAAUGUGUAAUAAUAUGUAUGGCAACUU